CAGGAGGCGGGGGAGAUGGUGGAUGCGGUGGCGGGGGCCAUGGCGCAUGUGGGUGUGGCCCCUCACGGGCGCGCCGCCAUGUUUGGAGCCAACUCGCCUGAGCUGAUGAUUGCCCUCCAGGCAGGGAACCGUGGCACACACACUGUGUACUGCGUGCCGCUGUACGAUGUGCUGGGAGACCACAGCGUGGAGUACAUCAUCGAGCACAGCGGUACGCUACGCUGCACUGUGCUGCCCCGCGCCGCUGCAGAGUCCACCAUCGUGUUUGUGGCUGCCGGCAAGCUGGCGGUGCUGGCCCGGGCGCUAGGGGAGGUGGUGCUGCCGGUGCAAGUGAGGGACGUGAUCCGCGCCUGUGGGGUGCGGGUGCAUCGCUUCCAAGAGUUUGCGGAGCUGGGCAGGGAGCACCCCUCGCCGCCAGCACCCCCCAGCAGCGACGACAUCUGCACCAUCAUGUACACCAGCGGUACAACGGGGGUGCCCAAGGGCGUGCUGCUCACCCACCGCACGCUGGCCACCGCCGUCGCCUCGCUGGCCCACUGGAUGGGCUGCGUGGGGCUGGAUAUUGGCAGGGACCACGGCGACAGAUACCUGUCCUUCCUUCCCCUGGCACACAUCUAUGGCAGGUGCGUGGAGGAGGCGUUUCUGAGCAUGGGCGCCUGCAUUGCCUACUGGAGCGGGGAGGCCAAGGGGCUGCCCGCCGACAUCCGCGCCAGCCAGCCCGCCAUCUUCUGCUCGGUGCCGCGCGUGUUUCAGCGCUUUGAGGCCACCACACUGGACAAGAUCAGCAAGGCUGGCAAGGCACAGCAAGCGCUGUUCCACACAGCAUUCAACCUCAAGCUGGCCGCUCUCAAGGCGGGAGCGCCCUGGGACAAGCUGGCGUCGGCGGUGUUUGACAGGCUUGUGUUCAGGGACAUAAGCAGGGGCAUGCUGGGAGACCAGAUCAAGCUCAUCUCCUCAGGCGGCGCGCCGCUGGCCAGGCAUGUGGAGGAGUUCAUGCGGGUGUGCGGCUGCGCCAAGUUUGUGCAGGGCUAUGGGCUGACGGAGACGUGCGGCGCCACCUUUGUGAGCGACCCCGACCGGCCGGACCAGCUGUACACCGUGGGCCCGCCUCAGCCCGCCUAUGAGCUGCGCCUGGAGGCGGUGCCUGACAUGGAGUGUGACCCUCUGGGGAUUCCGCCGCGCGGGGAGGUGCUGGUGCGGGGUGAGGGCGUCUUUGUCGGGUACCACAAGGAUGAGGACGAGACGCGAAAGGCGGUGGAUGCAGAGGGCUGGUUCCACACGGGCGAUGUGGGGGAGGUGACCCCUGGCGGCGCGCUGCGCAUCAUUGACCGGAAGAAGAACCUGUUCAAGCUGAGCCAGGGGGAGUACAUUGCUGUGGAGAAGAUAGAGGGCGUGCUGGAGGAUAGCGAACUGGUGGGCCAGGUCUGGGUGCACGGCUCGCACUAUGAGAGCUGCCUGGUUGCGGUGGUGGUGCCCGCGCGCCGGAGGCUGGAGGCGUGGGCGCGGGAGCAGGGCAUUGAGGGCGCCUACUGCGACCUGUGCCGGGACAGCCAGGUCAGGCGCAUGCUGCAGCACGAGCUGGAGGCAGUCGGCAGGAAGGGCGGCCUCAAGGCCUUUGAGCUCCCCAAGGCGAUCCACGUGGAGGAGGAGCCCUUCAGCGUGGCAAACGACCUGCUGACGCCCACCUUUGAGCUGCGGCGCCAGCAGCUGCUCAAGAGGUACAGCGGCGUUGUGGAUGGGCUGUACGAGAGCAUGAAGAGCCGGGCGGCGGGGCCGCGCUGAGCACAGGCCGGGUUCAUGAUGCAUGCAGCGCAUGUUCCGGGCGGACAGCGAGGCUGCCAGCGCGCCCAGCAUGUUGGCAAGUCCCCACUAGCGGCAGAACCAUAUAGUGUUGAUGCACUGGCUCUCAUUUCCCAUUAUUCUUGCGCCGGCCUGUCAUCAGGCCAGCAUUGCUAGCGACGGUAGAAUUGCGUUGCAUUGCCACAUUUCACAUGGAUUGUUGUUGCAUUAGGCACAUGUUAGGAGCCAGG